CAGGGGGAUGGUUGUAUUGAUUGUUCCUCCCGUUCGCUCUCUCUUCUUCCCAAAGUUUGUCUUACACAUUGAAUCUUGGAUUCACGCCUAACUCAACAAUGCAGACGCGCAAAAACCAACAGGUAGCUUUUGCGGCGGUUGCAUUCCUUUCUGCUUUUGCAUCCAGCUCGCCAGCCCACCCAUUCUCGCGUGGCGAUGCAGCAGCCCUAUCCGAGAUCCAUUCUCGAUCACUCCAAGAGCGUGGUAUACCAGUCGUCGACUCAACGGUUCCCCUCAAACUGCGUUCUGGCGCUGGCAGACAACUUGCGAAACGCCAGAGCGGUGGGCCAUUACGCACGAUCUAUGACGGAGCGCAAUAUGCCAUUGAUGUGACCAUCGGUACGGAGACGCUUCAGGUUUUGAUCGACACUGGAAGCAGCAGUUUUUGGGUACCGAAGGCCGAUUUCGUGUGUGUAGACGUAAACGGCACGCAACAAUCUCAGGCCACUUGCGGAUUCCCAAAGUACGGCCCCAAAAGCUUUUCUGGAAGUCUAAUUCCGGACCAGAACUUCAAUGUGACAUAUGGCGGAGGGGAAUUUGCGACUGGCGUUGUUGGUCUCGAAAACGUCGGCUUUGGAGGUGUGACCGUCAAGAAUCAGAAGAUGUCGUUCGUUAGCAGGACCUUCUGGCAGAGCGCAGGCAAUUUGACUAGUGGGCUUAUGGGCUGGGGACUCGGUGCCACGACCGCCAUCUUUGAGGGCGCAGACCCGUCCCAAGACGGCGGGAAAAAGCCCAUCUUUGUGAAACCAUGGCUACAGACCGCCUAUGAACAGGGCUUGGUGGCAAAGCCCAUCUUCUCGGUCGUACUGGGUAAGAGGGGCAAGAACGAUCCGGACUUGUCAGCUACGGGUUUCCUUACGAUAGGAGGAGCGCCAUCGGCAUCGUCGUUGCCGCUCACGGGUGUAUACGCUACCACGCCAAUCCUUAAGGAGACGUUCGAUCAUUAUCAGCUGGAGAGCGAGUAUGUUCACUAUGUUAUUCGGCCGGACGGGUUUGUGGUCAACGGAAAAUUCAUUGCCUGGGCACCAGGUACCUCCGCAGGCACCCACUAUGGCGACAGUCAAGAAAGAUUCACGAUUCUGGACACCGGUACCGCUUACACCAUGCUCCCGAAAGCCCUUGUAAACACAAUCGCCGCAGCCUUCGACCCUCCAGCUUUCUUCAGUCAGGAUGAUGGGCUUUGGGAGGCUUCGUGCAAUGCGAAGAUACCUUCUGUCGCUAUUCGCAUCAACGGAACGGAUCUUCCCUUCGCCUCAUCAGACGUUCUCGUCGACGGAACUCUAGGGGUAAUCGACGAGCAGAAGCAGAUAUGCAUAGUGGGUUUUAUGGAACCACCUACUCCGCCCUGGGGUGGCGACCUGCCGUAUAUCCUCGGAGCCAACUUCUACAGGAAUGUGCUAGCGGUACACGAUAUUGGGAAUAAGGUAAUGACGCUUGGUGCGCUGAAAUGGGAAUAAUUCCGAAUUUAUUGCAGCGCUUGUAGCAUACACAAGAUUACAUGUUGAUAGAAAACACAUUCGUACUUAUUAGGUACGGCAAUACCGUAGCUCUAUAGUGUUCUGUCACGUUCAUUUGCGCAAUAUUUUUCCUCUUUGCGCGUUACAAUUACGGCCAACGGUCACGAAAUGGUUGCUCGGAGUCACGCCCUUGGAAAAACCACUGCGCAGAUAGGUCUUAUAGCCGGGUAUCGACCUUGUGAAGGCGGAGGGGCAAGGCUUCAAACGGUUGAGCUCAUGGGGCGCACGGGGCUAACGCAGGCACUUCAGGCGGGCAGCCGUGGGCGCCGGCUAUUGCCUAGCCUCCCUGCAUAGCCCUAGCUGACUGCGGUCAUUACCGCCCCCCGCACCAUAAAGCGACAACCACGUUGGAUGUCAUCUCCUGUUCUUCUUCACACAACAUCAGUUUCAUCGCUAAUCUGUC